GAUUGUGCCAGUGCAAGUUCUUAUUGGUGGAUAGCGAAAAAGGAAACCUCUGGGCCUCGCUUUUUGAAAAAAAAAGUUUUUUGACUGGAUAUUCGUAAAACCUCUCUCCUUUUCACCUGAAUCAAUUCCGCCUUCAAGAUACCGUCACGGCACUUACGCAACUUCAUAUAAAGUCCUCGGCUCAAACGUGAACCAUCAUUGCUCGUCAUCGAACCUUCAACCAAUAUAAGAUUUAGCAUGUGUCCAAUACAAGUAACUACCAUAAGAGGCAGAGGAAGAGCUUAUUGCGCAACGGCAUCUAUUGCCAAAGGCGAGACUGUUUUGACAUCCUCGCCCAUAGCUGCCAUUGUCUCUCAGGAAUGGCUCCCUGAAACCUGCCUAUGGUGUUUCUACUGCUCAUACCCUCGAAGAAAUAAGGUGCGUGCAAUCGCACACCAAGACAUUAAGCGAAGAAAAACACCGUUUGAAGGCGCAGGCUUCUGCUCAGAUUCGUGUAAGGAACUGGCAGUGACAUCGAACUACGCAGGAGAGUGGGAAAUUGUGCAAAAAGCGUAUUUAGCUCUCGAUCACGAAUAUCGAGCAAGAGAGCAGCACGAAGGAAUAGCUACCCCUGCCGCGAGUGAAGUGGAUGUUGAAGACUACUUUGGUGGCCAUGUGGAUGCGGACAUAUCUGAAACUGAAGAGGCAACAGAUAUCAACGACAGUGUCAAACUGAAAGAAUAUAUUGAUCGUGUUUGGAACUUGGCAACCCGCGAUUCUGCUCUUCUUGCCAACACCGAAUCGUUUGUACCGGAGAGUGAAAGAGUUGAUAUGUGUAAAUUGAUUGCCACAUGCCUUAUUCGCAACUAUUAUUCGGAAAACAGCAUUUCCGAUCCAUCCAUACAGAAUUUUGACAGCCUCAUGCAUAUGCAGUACAACGAAGUCACUCGAUUCCAGGAUUUAUAUCGAAAGAUGGAAGUGGCCGGCUCAACUAUGACGAUACCAGCAACGGCAUUACAAAGUUUUGAAGAGGCUUCAAAGUAUGUGCCGGAGGAUAUUAUGCAGGACAUUCAACUAUACCUGUUUUUCUCAGCAGCUUUUGAGAAAAAGGACAUCGAUAUACCAUGGGCUUUCAAUCACACACUGUUUCGACACGUGCUGUAUAGAGAAAUGUCCAACUCGUUCGGCAUCUGGGAUCCUUCUGAAGGAUCAGACCAAGAACUAUUAGGAUGGGCUCUGCAUCCAAAGGCUGUGUACUUCAACCACUCUUGUGAGCCCAACAUUCGAAAAGUCAGACAAGGCCGCAACAUGGUGUUUAUUGCUGAACAGAAUAUCGAGCAAGGAGACGAGCUUUGUAUUGCAUACGGUUCGGUAGCAGAACCAGUGGACGAAAGACGAAACCGCCUUUUUGAUAAUUAUUCCUUUUGGUGUCAGUGCUCUCGUUGUACGAGAGAGUCAGCAUAAAAAACCUCAAAAUACCCAUCUACCAAGAACAUUUCAAAAUACGCAUUACAUUAUUUAAAACAUUUAUAAACAUUAGAGACGCAGCCUCCGUCUGAUCUGAACAAAAAGAUAUACAGCGAUGAUAUAUAUUUGUGUAGAGAGAUAUAUAUAACAUGCAUGCUUGGACAUCGUUUGUCUAAGCUUCAUAUGGCAUGUUGGUAAAGGCGA